GUUCAGCAAACCGUUAAAUAAGAUAGAUGUCAAGUUGAAACUUUGUUGUUGUGUUUUUGGAUUUUAACCACGUUUUUAUUUCCCUACUCUUAUUUUUUUUUUGUUUCAAACAUAACAUUUAGCAAGCUGCACAACCACCUGUAUAUCAGGAUGGACAAACCCUCUGUAACGUCACACAUAGGUUUCCUGCAGUAGUUUUGAAGGUUAGUGUGGUGGCUCCAACUGUUGAGAUGUUGACUGCCAGACUCAUCCCAGCUCCCAGUUAAUCCAAAACUGGAAGCAGAAAUGGUGCAUCCAAACCUCUCUUGGUCAUAAACUGUCAUAUGAUGGCACCUACCUCCACCAUUUUUUUUUUUUUACAUACGUUUAGGAGAUGCCACAAUAUCGGGUUUUCACUAUAUGCUUAUCAUGGGCAAAAGGAUUCACAAUUCCAUUAUUAUUGCAGUUAUUAUUAUUAUACAAUCAAUAAAAAUACAAAUAAUAGCAAUGCUGUCAGUGAAAGUUGUUUUUAGCUUUUCUUAUUGUGUGUUUUGUAUUUUAUUUUUGGUAAAUAAAUUACAUUCAAAACACCAGUGUAAUGAGGUGAAAGGUCUAUAACCACCACUGUACUCUAUGUUGUGUAUUGGGGUGUCAACCAGAUAGACACAUACUGGUGCUGGAUUUUUCACAAUAUUAGCUUAUGUGUAUUAUUAGCAUGAUAUCAAGAUUUCAUGUUUUAACUCUUGCAGUUACCAUCAGUGCCCUGGUAUAUUGCAACAGUCCUUUUGCGUAGUUUAUUGUGAUUUUUUUUCCCCUGUCUCAUCUGCAAGGAUUUGGUCACUGUUCUCCAGAAAUAAAAUAAAAACUAAUAUGCAAAUCAUUAUAAAAGCCACGAAGAACAGGAGAUCAAAAGAAAGUUUAUGCAGUCUAUAAAGCAAUAAAGUUGAAAUUUAUUGUUGAAAGUUUAGUUUGAGACCCUUGCUUCACAUCACUCCACGGGUCCACUGUAACACAUUAUCAUAGGAAAGUAACACAAAAUAGUAAGACAAUAAGUAAAUUAAACUGAUAAAAUGUCACACUGAUGAUGAAAGAUAAUGAUGUCAGCAGUUGCAAUUAUUUGCUCAUGAAUCUACACAUUUCCGCCCACUGGAAGCCAAACGUGUUCACUUUCCUCCUUUUAUUCUAUGGACCAAGGUUUCCUCUUGGAUCUACUGUAUUAAGCAGUUAACAGCUACCAGCUCUUUGAACUCUGCGCUUCUGCAGUUUGUGCUUCCUGCUGAGAUCAGCCACAUCUGCCCCAGCCAGCCUGUCUGAUAGCCCUCAUGUCUACUCUACUGGGUACUUGGGGCAGUCAUGGUGCCACCCAACCCCCCCACUAUCCCUCAGACUACCUAAUGCUUCACGUGUGGCUGCUUUGGGGGGGUCCCCAUCAUUAGAAAGUGUUUCACCCUGAACCCCAGCUCCAAUCUUUGCCCCUGCUACCAGUGGAGGCCUGGCAGUUUGAUCCUGUCUGUCACCAGCCCCCUGCUAUAAAGCCACUGUUAUCUGCAGUGUUAAGUGCAGGCCACAGACGUGGGGUCAGCUUAAAGUGAGGCAGCAGAGACACCCUGUCCCGCCUGGUCUCGCUGCACACAGGAAGCAGGGCUGCGCCGGGUCCCUCUUGUCUGGCCCCGGAGCCUGCCGCAACCAGCUAACAGAGGCGCUAAUGCAGGGAGACACUCAGACAAAUUACGCUGUAAUUUCCCCUCAGGACUCAGAUGAUCCCACUGGCCCUUGAGAAUCAGACUGAGGAUUUGUUCAGAGUGAUUUGUUUUGUCUUGUCCACCCAUAUCGCUAUCCAGUUCCCUCACUCAAGUUCUAGUUCUCCGCUCCCUGCAUUGUUGAGGCCACUAAAGUGGGGAUUUAAGGAAAGAGGCACUGAAGAAGCAUGAGCCCUUAGAGGAUAGACGCUGCAGCUUAUUUUAUUUAAACACAUCCAAAAAAAGGAGCAACAAGUUAUUAUUUCCUAACACUGCCAAACUUUAAUCUGUAGUUUUUCAUCAUGCUCACAAAUAUACCUUCUCUAACAUGAGUGCCUUUUGUAAAGUGUUGAGUUUCUAUGUGCUUUAGUCAGGUUUUCUGAUGCCCAUAAUCUAUUCAUCUGCUGAGGGAACUAAUUUUGUGUGAGUGACCGAGCCGCUCAGCCUCAGUGCGUCAUGUUUGCAGACCUGUAGCUUAAUUCCCUUCCAGCAGGGGUUUAAUUGAGUGACUAAUAUGCACGCAGUUAAAACCCUUUGAAGACAAACUGCCAUAGCUCACUGCCUCAGAAGUCUGUUCACAAAUUAAACAAUGAUGCACCAAGCUGGUUUUCUGCUUGAGAUUUGAAUGAUAAUGACAAUGCAGCAUAAAGUCUGGGGCUCAGAUUGCUGUGUUUCAAAAUGCAUCGUGAUCAAACAAAGUUUAAUACAUCAUGCUUUUGUGCUAUACAUUUCAAAUUAUUAUUCUUCCUGACCAAACUAUCACUUGGAUUAAUAGGGGAGACUGAUUGGUUGUCUAAGUGCUUUAACAGCCACCCAAGUAGAUGCAUAAACUCUUAAAAGAGACAAACUUGGAAGGCUACAUUCCAUGUAGGUUUUUAAUUGGUUACUGUGACAUUGUGUCAUGAGAAAGCAGUACUGAAUAGUAAGACUACAUGUAAAUCAAACCAAUAGAAUGCCACUCUGAUUUUGAAUGAUGAUCAUGCCAACAUUUGCAGUCAUUUGCUCAUGAAUUUGCUCGUGAAUCUCAAGUUUCCAGCUAAAUACUUUACAAAAUGCUUUCCAAUGAGAGUAUUAGAGGGCUAGUUCAAAUACUGUUAGUUUGACUAGUUCAAGAAUUAACAAAUCAUGGUUGUACUAUUAUUUCAGGGGGAAAGCAACAGACAAAAGCUUUAUACUCAUACAGACACAGAAAUAUGUUGAUCCUUUUAUUACACAUUUAGCAAUAAAUUCAUUUUUCUCUGUCAUGUUUUUUGUCUCAUAUAAAUAUUAUAUAUAUAAAAUAUUAUAUUAGAAACAGACAGACAGACAGGUGGACAGACAGGUGGACAGACAGACAGACAGACAGACAGAUAGAUAGAUAGAUACUUUAUUAAUCCCGAGGGAAAUUCAAGUGUUUUGCAGCUUACAUACAACAUAAAAUAACAAAAUGGCAGGUUAGUAACACUAACAUUAAAGGUUAGUAUAUAACAAUGAAUCAGUGACUGUUUAAAGUAAAUAUUAAUUUCAUACAGAUGCUUGGCACCAAUAUUUUUAACCUGAUGUUUCAGUUUGGGGUUUCAGAGACCAGGCGAUGUUCAGCAACUCAAAACCACCCUUUUGUUACCUUAAUAUCUGAAUAUUCACUAUAAUUUUGGCUUAUAUGCACAACUUUGAAUAGAUGUUUCCAAAAUUGAUAAAACCUCUGGUCAGAUUGUCUGUCAGAUGCUUUUUCUCAUGUAGUCUUUGUGCAGUGGUACCAUUCAAAAACCACACAAGUCGAUCAGUAUUUUUUAAGUUGCAGUUUGUGAACAGAUUUAACACGAGUAAAUUGCUCCAAAAUGCCACUGUGUGAGACUCUUCAGGAAGCAAAAGUAUUAUACAUUUGUUAGCUGAGCUCUUUCACAGUCAGCUCCUUUCGUAUUUGGACAGAGACACAAUUUUUAUAACUCUCUGUGCACCAAUAUAAUGGAUUUGAAAUGGAGCAGUCAGGAUGUGUUUGAAGUGGAGACUUUCAGCUUUAUUUCAAAAAGGUUCAACAAUCUGCUGUUUAGCAAUUACAGCCAUUUUUACAUAGUCCCCACAGGCUCAAUUUUCACCAAAAGUGUACACUCAGUUUGUGAGAGUAAUGUUACAUAUUUCUACACCUCUGCACUUCAGAACAAACUAUUUUCCUUUUUACUCCACUAUGCUUAGCUGGACUCUAACUCAUAAAUCCUGACCUUUUGAUUACUAGUUCAUACUGUGAGUUUAAAUUUUAAAGAAGAACACAAACACAACAUUUUGGCAAAGACUAUACCCGUAAUUUUGUUACCCUUCGUAUUGUAUGUGUGUGAGUUGCUAUUACACAAAAGACAAGCUCCCCCAAAAAACUUCUCAAAUGAUUUAGUUUAACAGUGCAUCUUCACUAAGAUUUCACAAAAAUCCUGAAAGAUCAGAGAAAAGCCCAAAAGAGGAAAACAGAUUUGAGUAUCAGAACUUUGUUACCCCUCAGAUUUGUCAUGUGACCCCCUCAAAGGGACCCGACCCCUAGUUUGUGAACCAGAUAAGUAAACUACAUAACUGUCCUGUAUAUAAAGUGGAGCAGCUACAAGAUGCUGUUCAUACGCUGAUGCAUUAUUAUUAAAAUUUGCAAUGCAUAUAUCAACAGCAUCUUGAAGUAAUGGCCUCAGUAAUUUUUUCACGUUUUUCAGAAAACACAAAAAACUGAACCACACCAGACUGAACAUUGGCCAAGGCUAUUAUACUACAGGCGUAGAAUCGCAUGAACUAUUCAACUGAGAAUGUUACGGAGUUAUGGGACGAUCUGCGUUGGCUUGUCUGUCUGUCUGUCUUUUAGCAAAAUUACUUAAAGACGGACUGACGGAUUUGGAUAAAAUUUUCAGGGAAGGUCAGAAAUUACACAAGCACCAAGUGAUUAGAUUUUGGCAGUGAUGCGGCGUAUAGUCUGGAUCCACAGAUUUGUUUGCGAUUUCUGUAUCAUUGCGAGAUAGUGGCACGGGGUCAAUGUAACUAUGACAAGUGAAUGCUACCUCAGCUGCCUGCUAACAAUCACAUGAUUGCGAUCCUACUACAAAUCGAUCACUGUGGACUUAUCGGGACGUAUCCGUUGGAAAUCAUGCAAGGAACAAUUGAUUAAAUUGUGUGGGGUUGUUUCUGAGUCCCAUCAAUUCCCGCCACCUGCUACAUAUUUUGGUCACGUGAUUCGAAAUCCAUACAUAAGGUACACAUGCACAAUCCACGUCUGUGCUCAGCGCAACGUCAUUUUGUUUGUGGGCACAUCUAUAUUAAAUGGCCACAUUCUAUAGCAUUGUGAUUUCUGAUCAUCAGUAACUAUUAAACAAAUGUUGAGUUUCUGACAAUGCCAUAUGGGGGAAUGAACAGUCUUAGUGGAGUACUGCACUCUCUGAUUGCUUUUCUGGUUUUAGGAAGGUGAUGAUAUUAUAAUGUAUUAAGGAUUUUUCUCUUUUAGCUGAUAAAAUUCUAGUUUUGCUCAUUUUAAAUGCAGACUCGUUGCUUGUAAUGGCUUAUUAUGCACUACUGGCUCCUUGCAGGUAAAUGAUCUGAGUUCAAACUUAAUAUCAACUAAACACAAGGGCUGAAACUGAGUGUCAUUAAAUGUGUGCCAAAAUGCUCAUAUGAAUUAUUCAAAUGUGAGUGCUGAGUGAGAAUUUCAUGUAAUCAAGCCUUCAGUCUGGGAGCCACAUUGUGUUGCUGCCAAUAGCUCUUUAAUCAAAGCUGAACAAUAGUCCCAGAGUUGAAGCAAAUGUUGUUCUGAGGAGCUUCACACCAUGCUGUAAUGUUUUUUCUGGCCACAAAAUGACUUAAUAUUCACACGCAGAGAUACGUUUCUUCUAUUUUAAUGGCAUCUCUCAUCAUUGCCUCUUUAAUUCCUUAAAGCGGAUCCUGCGUCCAAACUAACGGGUUAUUUUUAGGACUCCAUUCACUAAAUAUAAACCCGCCUCGACCGUUUGUCGUCGCGUCACAACAAGUUACAUUAUCCCAUUUCGUUUUUUUCUCUCUUCCCCACAGGCUGAUGUGGAGGAGAGGUGUCGGGUUUUAGCCUAUAAAAGGAGGGAUGGAGUGUAGCACUCAUCAUCCAGACUUCAGAGGUGGUGGCGUUAGCGUCAAAAUGACCAUUUGGUGCAACUCCUGCAAAUGUCAUGUCAGCUCUCCGUGCUCCUCUCACCAUCUGCCCGAGGAUCACCGCCGCUCGGUCUGCAGGAGGUUCAGAUCCACCAAAGGAGCAUCCAAAGCUCGGCGAGACCACAUCAAUCACGAGAUCAGGAAUAUGCGAGCUCUGCUGCCCAUCAGCCAGGAGGACCAGGAGCGCCUCUCCUAUCUUCACUCCAUGGCCGCCAUCUGCACCUACAUCAGGAAGUCUGUUCUCUUGCAGGGGCUCUCGGCUGGGGACAGAUCACGCUGCUCUCUGCCAUAUGAGGCCUUUCUUCAAGCCCUGCAUGGCUUCAUCCUGGUCACCACCGCACAGGGCAGGCUGGUCUAUGUGUCGGAAAAUGUAGAUGAAUACCUCGGCCUUUCAAUGGUGGAUGUGCUGCAAGGAGACACGUUGGGUGACAUGGUGGAACGCUCUGAUGUUGAUAUUGUUAAAUCAAACUUGGACUUUGAAAACAACUCAUCAUCAGAGAGGAGCUUUAUAUGUUGUAUGCAAACCUCCAAGGCCUUUAAGUUGCAGCACGGCAGCUGCUGCUCCAUGCACAUCAGAGGGAGCUUCCAGUUCUUCCAUCAGCCCUGCCCGCCCUCCCCUGCAGCCCCCCCCACCACCGAGCCUCUGUUCGUGGCCCUCUGCACCCCCACAGCGAACCGCCUGAGGAGCACCGACUCUCACUUCUGUCAAAGCUUCAGCAGCAUCCACAGCCUGGAUAUGAGCUUUACUCAGCUGUCAGACAGCGUUUUGUAUUUUUUGGGGUAUUCAGCAGAUGAAUUGACCGGACGGUCGUGGUACAGUCUGGUCCAUCCUGAAGAUCUGUCACUGACUGCAGAUUCUCAUAAAAGUUUAAUGCAGGCGGAUGAAGGCUUUCAGGUAGAGAUGGUGCUGAGACUCCAGCGUACAGAUCUGUCAUGGACCUGGAUCUACAUUCGAGCUAACAAGGACUCAGAGUGUCAGAGCAUCAGCUGCACCAACUUCAUCAUCAGUGAAACAGAGGCUGAAUUUCUUAAAAAAAAAAUCAGCAGUGAUGCCUUCAGGCCAUCAUCUCUGCCACAUUCCUACCAUUUUACUCAGCAGGCGCCCCACACUCAGAACAAAAACACAAAAUGUUUAAAAAGGCAGAGGACGUCUAACAGCCAAAGUGAGGAGCCGGGUGCCAGAGUGAGGAGGGAGUCUGAGCAAGACAUAUACUACGUAAUGUGUGGCUCCUCCCAAGGCAGUAGCUCACCUGCUCCCUUGGGUGACAGCCCUGCUUUCUUCACUCCUCCCUACAGCCCAGCCUCCUCCAGCUCCUCGCUGCCGCAGGACGAGCUCAGCCAUGACCUCCUGAUGGAUGUGCAUGAAUGCACAGAUCAGCUGCUGUCCUCCCCUGAGAGCUCUCCCUCCUAUUACUCCUACCCAGAGGCAGGACUCACCUGUCACCAAUCACCCUCCGACUCCCUCCCUGUAGCCCCUGAACAAACCUUUGACCAGGCGGCCUUCGGCGUGCUCAGUGCCCACUCUCCGCUCACCUCCUCAUCUCCGACCCAUGAUUUCCAAGCUUGUACGUCUGAUGCUCGAUUAGUUCCAGACUGCCUGUCUGUGUCCGACAUGUGUGAGAGCCCUGUAGACUGUGCUCUGCAUCCAGACGAUUUCAGCCUCCUUGAGCAGCCACAAGGGGGCAGCCUCGUCCAACUGCGUCACGUUCCUCACCGUGAGUUGCCCAUGCAUUCCAGUCUUCUUGCUCCCACCCAACCUGCCAUAUCCACAGAGUCUAACCAGUACAAUGAGAUAGAGCAGGCAGAGAUCAGCAUUCUGGCUCAGCAGAUCUCCACCCUGGCCAGCAGCUUUGACAUGCACCACACCCUGAAUCCCCUUACAAAUGUGGCCCAACCUGCAGCCGCCAACACCCUGCCGUCAGCCUGUGACUGGUCCCAUAACGCUUGUCUUCCCUCAGUCCCUCUGUCUAAGCUGGUGCUUGAUGACGGUGUGUUUGACAGCAUCCUGAAAGACUUCGACAUGGUCACAAGGAAAAGCAGCGUGUCCAGCCCUGGUGUCGUUUGCUACAGCUACCAGCAGGGCUUUGCAUGUGGUCGGAGUGGGUCCCGUGAGUCGGAGCAGCAGCCUCUUGGCCUCAUCGCAGAGAAUCCGCUGCCUACAGAGCAGUUCUCUGCAGGCAGCAUCACCUUGGAUCCCUUCAGUUUGCAGAUGGGACACCACGGCCAAAACACUGGGUUGCAUCAACUCAACCACUACAUGCAGAGGAGUCUUCGGCAAGAUGGACUUGCUGAAGAGAACCUGUACUGAAAUAAGUCUGUGACUUACUGUGCAACUACCUGUAUGACAUAUUGUCAGGACAAUCAAUCUUCCUUCACUGGAUUCAAAGAAGAAUGUGAGCUGAGACAUCUUUGCUCAGACAGUUUCCCCAAAUGACUUAAUUGUCAAUGUAGAAAACAAACUAAAGUAGAUUCUGUCAUGUCCCAGCACCACAGAACUGUCUCAACACUGCUGUCAGCUGAGAUUUAUGUUCCACUGAUGUCUUAUAUUUUAUUAAAAAAGGUACUUUUAAAAAAGUCAUGACACUUAGACUCUGAAAUGAAAGUAUAUUUUUCUUCUAAUGUUGAGUGACCAAAGUUUACUAUUGAGCACUUUAUCAAUGUCAUUACUACAAGAAUUUCAUAAAUGAGAGGAUAUGCUGAUUUAAAUGAAAAUUACCCAAAAUUCUAAGCUACCUGGAUGAGCUUUAACGCAUAAAUCAUUCCAAAUAAGAAAAGCAUUUGUAAAUACUUGAUUUUUAGGUGCCUUAAAACAUGUAUAAAUAAUAAUAUUGACAUUCCUGAUUUGUACUAGUGUCCUGUUUUUCAUAGUGUGGCAUUAAAGCUUUGAAAUGAAAAAAAACCUCAGUCAGCGAGCAGAGAGAUAUGAUGAUGAUGAUUGUAAAUUCAACACCUACCUCAGUGGUACAACUAAAUACAUUCCGAGUCUGAUUCAUUCAUUGUAUUUAUUUGGUUUGGAACACACCGACUUAACCUUUCUCUCACUUAAUUGUAUUAAAAUGUUUUAUUUAACUGCAGUAUGAGUCGUAAACUUAUGUAUAUUCAUUCCACAUUUGUUUUUUUGUUCAUGGUACUGGAACUCUGUAUUUUUGAAUGUGUAAUGUUAUUGUUUCACCUUUGCGAUUUGCUUCAAAUGUAAUGAAAUGUAAAUAAAUCUAAUGAAAAAC